AUGGAGACUCUAGUUCUAAUACCUCAGGAAUUGAGCUUGGCGUUAAGGCCAGGGGGUGCAAGGGGCCGCGAGGCGUCCGUCAGCGUUUGGACUUCGACAGAACUGCAGCGAGGAUCUCUCCUUUAUCCUUUCCAGGGUACCAUCAGGAUUGAUAAACUACACGUAUAUUCCUACGUACCGGACCAUGAUAUUCGUCACCGAUUCGGUCUUUUUGAUGAAGUUUGUACUUCGGGAGGGGUGCAGGUGCGGCAUUGCAAUUGGAUUAGAUUUCUUCGUGUGUCUGAGAACUAUGGGCCACAAGUAAAUUUAGUCUGCACAAAAAUUAAGGGUGAGCCAGUAUACGAAGCGGUGAAGCCAGUGUCAGCUCAUACGGAACUAAUAGUUUAUUACCUUCCUGAGAGACCAGAGGAAUUAUUCUUCGUCAGGAUGAGGAAUAACUUGUAUAGACAAACCAUGGACUCUAUAUUAGAAGAUUCUCCACUAGACUUAUCCACUUCACUUCUGUCUCGAGUACUUUUACCAAUAUCUCCACCAUCAGGAGCGGAAGAUGAGCAUAAAUCAGUAUCCGGUGACUCCUUAACGUCUUCAUCAGCUGGAUCAUCUAGUGAGCUUUUAGAAUUGACCCCAAAAAUUCAAAGAAGACCAGCGAAAUCAGAAAGAGCUUUGUUACCUUGCGAAGUUUGUGGAAAAGCAUUUGAUCGACCAUCACUUUUAAAGAGGCAUAUGCGUACUCAUACAGGUGAAAAACCACAUGUCUGCAUGGUAUGCAACAAAGGUUUUAGCACUUCAAGUAGUCUAAACACUCACAGGCGGAUACAUUCUGGAGAAAAGCCGCAUCAAUGUCAACACUGUGGCAAGAGAUUUACGGCUAGUUCGAAUCUGUACUACCAUCGGAUGACGCAUAUAAAGGAGAAGCCCCACAAAUGCAGCUUGUGCUCAAAGUCAUUUCCAACUCCCGGAGACCUGAAGUCCCACAUGUAUGUGCACAGCGGAUCCUGGCCAUACAAAUGUCACAUUUGCUCCAGGGGAUUCUCCAAACACACCAAUCUGAAGAACCACCUGUUUUUACAUACGGCUAAACAUCAAAGGAAUAGCGCCAAGGAUGCUACCUGA